GGCGCGGACGACGACGACGACGACGAGGACCGCGACGACCACCUGGGCACCCGCGCGGGCCCCGACGACGCGCGCGACUCGGAGCUGUCCGAGCUGUCGGACUCCGACCCGCUGGACCCCCUGGACCCGUUGUGUGAGGCCGCUGCCAGCCCCUGCCAGGACGAAGGGCACCCCCGGCCCGGGGCGCGCGCCCGGGCGCACGGCCUGGAGUGUCCGGCGGCUCCGGGGUCUCCGAGCCCCGCGCACAUCGGGGAACUGGACGGCGUCGAGGGUGCCUCCGCGAAGCUCCACGUGGACAGCGAGCCCAAGACGGGCGUCCGGCGACGGAGAAAGGCAGCAGCCCGGCCUUGGGGCACGGAGGCGCGUGCCAGCGUCCUGAGAGGCAUUCAGCACCCCUGGGCCGACCCGGAGUUCCCCACAGAUGGCGUGAAAGGAGGCGCUUCUCGCCGGCCCACCCAGACCUCCGAGAACAGGCCGCCCGGAGAACCCUGGGGGGACGGCUGCCUGUCAGAGGACAGCGAUGUCCAUGUGGCCAGUGAGGAGGAAGAUCGCAAGGACCAGUGUCUCCCCGCACCUCCAGCCCCCCAGGACAAGGAGAGUCGCAGCCAGGCCCUGCCGGGGACCGCCGGCCUCUGCUGCUACAUCUGUGGUUCCCCGCUGUCCGCGGCUACCCAGCGCCGGGUCCAUGUGCAGAAGCAGGAGAAGCUGGCACACGCGCCCUUCUUCCCCUUCCUGUGUCUCCACAGCCCACCGCCCGGUGCCCAGCCCAUCUCCGCCGACGGCAACACCCUGGUGUGUGUCUGCUGCUUCUCCUCCCUCACCCAGCAGUGGCAGAGCUUCGAGCUGGCCAGUGUGCCCGUCCUGCAGCGCCUCUACAUGGUGCCCCUCAACAGCCACGCACCGGGCAUGGCGUCCAAGGGCAGGAGGCCCGGCAGGAGCGAGGUCCCGGUGGCUGUGUCGUCGCCACCACCACCGCAGCCGCCUGCCGAGGCCUGCUACCUCUGUGGAGAGGACUGCACGCCCGACGCCCGGGCUGUGGCCUCCAGGGUGGUCAAUGGUGGCAACGCGCGAGCAGCCAUGCACUUCCCAUUCCUCAGCCUGCUGCCCUGCCCGCCCAACGCCCGAGGCCCCAACACACGCUGUGAGGUGCUGAGCUGCCCCAAGUGCUUCAGUGUCCUGGAGGAUGUCUGGGCCCUAUACCGCGCCUGCCAGCGGGAAGAGCUCAUCACCUCAGUGCAGGCCUUCCUGGGGCGCUACCACCAGGCCUUUUCCGCCACAGACCUCGCACUGGCAGAGUCGCCUGGCCCGGCCAGGGGCAGCAGCCCGGCGGCUGCCUGCUACGUGUGCGGGGCCGAACUGGGACCUGGCAAGGAGUUUCAGUUGCACGUGAACCCAUCCAGCCGCACGGGCGAGAGGGAGCCCUUCUUCCCCUUCCUUACUGUCUACCCGCCCGCGCCGCGUGCCAGGCCCGCCGACAGCACCGGGCUGGUGGCCACCUGCGUGCUCUGCUUUCACGACCUGCUGGGCCAGUGGUUGCGGCAUGAGGACCGAGGCGCACCUGUGGCCGUCAGCGCCUGGGCCCGGCACUACCAGGUAGACACCUUCGUGUGCUUCUUCUGCCAGCAGGAGAAGCGGCGGUGCUUAGGGCUGCAGGCCGUGCGGGUGGCGAGGCUGCCCUUGUUCCUCUACACGCUCCGCGCACGUCGCAGCCUGCUGGUGGACGACGGGCGGCAGCUCAUCAUCGGCGCCUGCCUGGACUGCGGUACCCUGGUGUGUGCCAGCCAAGGGCCAGGCCGCCAGGUGCCCGUGGGCUGGAGCUCCCCGGUGGCCUCUGCAGUGAAGGUCCCGUCUACACCGCUCGAGCCUGUCACAGCCACUGUCCACUCUCCAGCCCAGGAGCCUGUAACCCGGCCAGGGGUCCCUGCUGAGAAUCUGCCCCGAGCCCCCUGCACUGCACCAGAGCUGGGGCCCCCACGAACUCAGCCAAGCAGUGUGGACGCCACUGGACCAGACGUUGCAGGCACAGGCAUGAGCCAUGAGCCCAAGUCCCCUUCACUAGGGAUGCUCUCCACGGCGACCCGGAGCACCGCCACCGUCAGCCCCCUCACCCCCUCGCCGCUCAAUGGCGCGCUGGUGGCUGGUGGUAGCCCCGCAGGUAGCUGCGCCCUCUCACAGGCUGCGCCUUCAUCCAGCUUUGCCGCCGCACUGCGCAAGCUCGCCAAGCAGGCCGAGGAGCCCCGAGGGUCAUCACUGAGCAGCGAGUCGUCUCCUGUGUCCUCCCCGGCAACCAACCACAGCUCCCCAGCCAGCACCCCAAAGCGUGUGCCCAUGGGCCCCAUCAUCGUCCCCCCUGGGGGCCACAGCGUCCCCAGCACGCCCCCCGUGGUCACCAUUGCCCCUACUAAGACCGUCAAUGGUGUGUGGAGAAGCGAGAGCCGGCCGGAUACCAGCUCCCGGGUGAGCAGCACUACCCGUGAACGCCUCAUCGUGGAGCCACCGCUGGCUCAGGAGAAAGCGAGUGCCCCAGCACUUCCCUCCCACCUACUGAGUGCGCCCUACCCCUUCGGCCUCUCCCCCAGCUCUGUGGUGCCUGAUGCCCGCUUCCCACCACUCAACCUACAGCGGCCCGUGCACCAUGUGGUACCGCCCAGCACCGUGGCUGAGGACUAUCUACGCAGCUUCCGGCCCUAUCACACGGCCGAAGACCUGCGCAUGUCCUCACUGCCGCCCCUAGGCUUGGACCCAGCUGCCUACUACCACCCCGGUUAUCUGGCCCCGCAUCCCUUUCCACACCCGGCCUUCAGGGUGGAUGAGCCCUACUGCCUGUCUGCCCUGCGCUCUCCCUUCUACCCCGUGCCCACGCCGGGCUCCCUGCCCCCGCUGCACCCCUCAGCCAUGCACCUGCACCUUUCGGGGCUGCGCUACCCUCCCGAGCUGGCCCACUCAUCCCUGGCGGCGUUGCACUCUGAGCGCCUGACCAGCCUCAGCUCUGAACGGCUACAGAUGGAUGAGGAGCUGCGGCGCGAGCGUGAGCGAGAAGCCGACCGGGAGCGGGAACGUGAGCGAGAGAAGGAGCGGGAGAGGGAAAAGGAGCGGGAACGAGAGCGAGAACGGGAGCGGGAGCGUGAACGGGAGCUGGAGAGGCAGCGGGAACGGGAACAGCGGGCACGGGAAAAGGAGCUGCUUGCGGCCAAGGCGCUGGAACCCACCUUCCUGCCUGCGGCCGAGUUGCACGGACUGCGCCAUGCUGCCGAGGAGCGAGCCAAGCCGGCCGAGCAGCUCACCCCAACACGAACAGAGAAACUGAAGGAGGUGGGCCUGCCAGCACCCAAGGCCGUGCCCCAGCCACUGCACCCCGUGCCUACCCCGCACCACCCUGUGCCUGGGCUGCUCUCGGGCCACGGGCUUUUCUCACUGCCAGCAGGCAGUGCAGCUGCAGCGCUGCUCAUUCAACGCACAAACGAGGAGGAGAAAUGGCUGGCACGGCAGCGGCGACUGCGGCAAGAGAAGGAAGACAGGCAGACGCAGGUGUCUGAGUUCCGCCAGCAGGUCCUGGAGCAGCACCUGGAUAUGGGCCGCCCACCCGCACCCGCUGAAGCUGAGCACCGGCCCGAGAGUACCAGGUUGGCUGCUGGGCCGCCUCUGCCAGGCAGCCGAGACACCCCACAGCACUUGGGUGGGCCCCCGCCCCUCAUCUCGCCCAAGCCCCAGCACCACCCGGUGCCCACGGCCCUCUGGAAUCCCGUGUCACUGAUGGACAGUGCCCUAGAGCCGCGGCGUGGUGCUGACGGCCACCCUCUGCCCGGUCACCCGGCACCUUUCGAGCCUGGCCACCCUGCCACCGUGCCACUGGUGAAGGUGGAACGGGGUUAUGGCCCUGACAAGGCCGACGAGGGGCCCCGGAAGCGUGAGGCUACAGCCCUGGACAAGUACAUGCCGCCAGCCCGGGAGGCGGGCAGCCUGGAGCCUGCAGCUUUCCCGCCUGGGCCCUUCCUGGCGGAGCUGGACAAACCUGCACAGAACUUGCUGGGCCCGCCUCGGGUCACCCUUGCCCAGCCUAGUUCUCCAUACCGGACCCCUGCACCCCGUGGCCCUGAUCCCUCCUACAUCUAUGACGAGUUUCUUCAGCAGCGACGGCGGCUAGUCAGCAAACUGGACUUAGAGGAGAGGCGGCGGCGGGAGGCCCGAGAGAAAGGCUACUUCUAUGACCUGGACGACUCCUAUGACGAGAGCGACGAGGAGGAGGUACGCGCCCACCUUCGCUCUGUGGCUGAGCAGCCACCCCUUAAACUGGACACAUCCUCUGAGAAGCUGGAGUUCCUGCAGCUCUUCGGCCUGACCACGCAGCAGCAGAAGGAGGAGCUGCUGAGCCAGAAGCGCCGUAAGCGGAGGCGGCUGCUGCGGGAACGGACUCCCUCACCCCCGGCUGCACGCUGCCGCCGACAGACGCCCUCGCCACGACCCGUGCUCCGCACACGGUACAGCCCUGACGACAUGAACGACAGCCCCAACUUCGAGGAAAAGAAGAAGUUCUUGGCAGCUUUUAGCCUCACGCACAUCAGUGCUGAGAAGCGGAAAGACAAGGAGCGGCUGGAGGAGAUGCUCCGUGCUGUGAAGCAAAAGGCACUGUCCGUGGCCCUAGCCGACUCGCUCCAGGGCUCCCCGAGGGACCAUACUGCCUCCCUGAGUGAACCCACCCCGCAGCCUGCCACUUUGGACACAGAGAAGCCAGGUGGCGCUGCUGCCACCUUGGCUGACCUCCCAAAGGCCACAGACUUGGCUCCUGGCAGCGGCGAGAAGAGCCGGGCGAGUGAGGCGGGUGGCAGGAAGGGCCUGAGUGUGCUCCAGGAGCUGCAGGGUCCCGCGGCACACAGCAUUAAUGGCAAGACCAAGCCCUGGGAACCUUUCAUGGCCGAGGAGUUUGCACACCAGUUCCAUGAGUCUGUGCUCCAGUCCACACAGAAGGCCCUGCAGAGACACAAAGGGAACACAGCGGUGCUGUCUGCAGAGCAGAACCACAAAGUUGACGCGUCCGUCCACUACAACAUUCCUGAGCUCCAGUCCUCAAGCCGGCUCCCUCUGCCCCAGCACGAUGGGCCUCAGGAGCACGUCACGGCAAGGAAAGAUCCCCUCACCCAGGAGAUGGACCAGGACUCGGGGGAGGAGGAGGAAGAGGAGGAUGAAGAGGAAGAGGAGAUUGAGGAUGAUGAGGAAGCCCCCAGGCACAAGUGGCAAGGAAUUGAGGCCAUCUUCGAGGCUUACCAGGAACAUAUAGAAGAGCAAAACGUGGAGCGGCAGGUGCUGCGGACACAAUGUCGGCGCUUGGAGGCUCAGCACUAUAGCCUUAGCGUCACGGCUGAGCGGUUGUCACACAGCAUGGCGGAACUGAGGAGCCAGAAGCAGAAGAUGGUUUCGGAGCGGGAGCGCCUCCAGGCCGAGCUGGACCACUUACGGAAGUGCCUUGCCUUGCCUGCCAUGCAUUGGCCUCGGGGUUACUUUAAGGGGUACCCCAGGUGACGGCUUCCCUUGCACUAGGCCGAACCUAUAGUAUAGAAAUAUUAUCUAUUUUAUUACCUUGAAUAUUUAAUAUUUUUCACUGGGAGGUUUGAAGCUUAAAAAAAAAAGAAAAAUAAAAUAAAAUGAGAAUGUGCCAUGCAUGAAGCAACAGAGUCCAGGCUGCAGGCCCGACUGGCCUGGGCCCUGUGAGCAGUCGCUGGGACCCCGAGUUUGCUUUCUGAGGCAGUUCGGUCUCCCCAACCAACACUAAAACCUCACCCAGGAGCCCCCCACCUGCGCUGUCCUGCUUCUGGGGCACUGCACCCCACGCACCCCAGAGCAAGGCUGCUCCCCAGAAGGGCCACGCAGGCCAAGUCAAGGGCUUUCUCGGUCACUUCUGCAAUGUUCUCUUCAAAGACGUGGGUUCUAGGGGCGCACGGAGCACCGGGCCUCCCCCCGCAAAGCUUUUCCCCGGCGCAGCCAUGCAGGGCUGGAAGGUGCCAGUCUUAUGGGGGGCGCUAUUUUCACACAAGCUGUCGAUGUGUGGAGGGAGGGCAGAGUCAGGGUGCUCCAGCCUUGUACUGUGUAUAUAUAUUAAAGAAACAAAGUUUUGUAUGUUUUUAUUACUUUAAUUAUUGUUAUAAAAAGAAAAAAAGCCUGCCAUUUUUAAUAUGUGGUUGGGGGGGAUUUUUUGUUGUUGUUGUUUUUUCGUUUUCCUGUUUGGGGGGAUUUUUGUUUUCUGUUUGUUUGUUUUUGCUUUUCUGGGCAGAAACCUGCUUUUAGUGUUUGUACCGCUGCUGGUCAGGACAUUAAAGAUAUUGAAGUGUUUUCUAACGUUCAAGAAA